AUGGCCACGAUGCUGCGGAACUGCGGUUGCUUUCAGCGAGCCCGUCGUAGCUCGAGCUUCGAGGACUCGUCCUCCUGCCGGUCGUCCGAGAUCGAGCGGGGCGGCGAGAUGACACCGCACAGUGGCAGCCUCCUGAAACUGUUCACCUCGAAGGGCUGGUGCCGGCAAUGGCGGAAGAGCGGCCGUGGCAUGAGCAUGACCAAGAUCGAGCGCACGAUGAAGGCGGCCAUUCUUAUACAGCGCUGGUAUCGGCGGUUCCUCGCAAGGAUCGAAAUCCGGCGGCGCUACACAUGGACCAUCUUCCAAAGCAUCGAGUAUGCGGGCGAACAGGACCAAGUACGGCUGUACAACUUCUUCAACGCACUACUAACGCACAUUCCAGAGACCGCCGGGCGUCCAUUAGACUCGCAGAACACAUCCCGAUCGUCGUCCGCAGAGGCACUGAAUAUGAAAUUUUCCGACGAAUCGGACGAUCUAGCCGACGAGGGCAUCACGGGACCGGAGCGUGGCUACCAGGGCCCCGAGAUCAAGUUCCCGCUCGACAAGAAGGAGCUGGAAGUGAUCAUCGAUCUGUUCCGAAAGAAGAAGAACCGACUGCACGCGAAGUACGUCGCCGGGAUACUGCGCGAGGCGACGUCCAAGCUGAAGCGGCUGCCCAAUCUCAACCAGGCGUCAACAGCCAUCUCGAAGCAGGUGACGAUCUGCGGCGACCUGCACGGCAAGCUGGACGAUCUGCUGGUCGUGUUUCACAAGAACGGGUUGCCCUCACCGGAGAACCCGUACGUGUUCAACGGGGACUUUGUCGACCGGGGCAAGAAAGGCCUCGAGGUGCUGUUGCUGCUGCUCUGCACGUUUCUGGUGUUCCCGGGCGGUGUGUUCCUGAACCGUGGUAACCACGAGGACACGGUCAUGAACGCUCGGUACGGCUUCAUCCGGGAGGUGCACCAGAAGUACAAACACAACGCCGAAAGACUGCUGAAGCUCAUCGACGAGGUGUACCGGUGGCUUCCGUUAGGGACGAUAGUUAACAACCGGGUGCUGGUCGUGCAUGGCGGCAUCUCCGAUUCCACCGAUCUGGAUCUCAUCCGCAGUCUGGACCGCGGCAAGUACAUAUCGCUGCUGCGCCCACCGAUCACCGAGAGCACGGCACCGGGAGCCGAAAUCAUCGACAAGGUAGAAUGGAAGCAGGUGUUCGACAUCCUUUGGAGCGACCCGCAGCACACCGAGGGCUGCCGGCCGAACUCUCUGCGAGGCGCCGGAACGUACUUCGGGCCGGACGUGACCAACAAGUUCCUACAACGCUACAAACUACAGUAUCUCGUUCGAUCGCACGAGUGCAAGCCUGAUGGGCACGAGAUCAUGCAUGGUGGAAAGGUCAUUACUAUCUUUUCUGCUUCGAACUACUACGAAAUUGGCUCAAAUAAGGGCGCCUAUCUCAAGCUCGACCCUCAACUGGACACUCACUUCGUAAUGUACACGGCGGCCGCCUCAAAGACUCGCAAGUUAACAUUCCGCCAGCGAGUCGGGUUGGUCGAAAGCUCAGCCCUUCGUGAGUUGGCAGCCAAACUGCGUGAGCGUCGGAUUGAGCUCGAGCGUGAGUUCAAGUCACGUGACGCGGAAAACACGGGUGUACUGACGCUCGCCAAGUGGUGCGAGGCGCUCGAGAGCGCUACCAGCCUCGGUUUGCCAUGGCGGAUGCUGAAGGAUAAGCUCGCUCCCGCCGAUAAUCCCACUGCCAGCUUGGUUGCGACGAUCACGGAAGUCAGCUACCGGAAGACGCUGCACCUGCUCGACACGGACUCGUUCAAAUCGGCCCAAAACGGUACGGCCUCGGUGGCAGAGUCGCUGUACAAGAACAAGAGCAGCCUGGAGGCGAUCUUCCGCAUCCUGGACAAGGACAACUCGGGUCAGAUCUCGCUGGAAGAGUUCGGUGAGGCGUGCGAGCUGCUGCGGCGCCAUUUCCCGCACAACACGCACGAACAGCUGCUCGACAUGUGCCGCAUGAUGGACAUCAACAAGGACGGGCUGGUCGAUCUGAACGAGUUCCUGGAAACGUUCCGGCUGUGCGAGAACGCCAAGGAGCAACUGCUGACCAGUUUGGAGCAGCGAGCGUGUGUGGAACCCGGCGUCAUCGGGGACCAACCCUCACAUCCGAGUGCCAAUGGGGUGGCAGCUGGUGUUGAACGAGCGGCCGCCGGUGGUGAUGGCCGGCGAAGGAGCAAGAAGCGUUCGAGUAGCAAGCGAAAUGGCGCCAAACCGAACGGGCUACCCGAGGCCGACGAGGACUCGGACGAUUACGAGGACUAUGAGGCGAACGAGGAGUCGGAGAGUGUGGCUCAGACGGGAUCAGCUAAUGGUACGGUUUUAAACGCAGCCAGCACUGCCGCAACCGCUAACAGCACCGCCAACGGUGACACUCACAAGGACACUACCGCCUCUUAA